AUGACACACUCCCACUCGCACGACAGCGUUUCGCACUCGCACGCAGGAGGCCAAGCCGAGCACGGCCACAGCCAUGAGAUCCUCGACGGACCUGGCUCCUUCCUGGGGCGCGAGAUGCCCAUAAUUGAGGGCAGAAGCUGGGGCGAGCGAGCCUUCACCAUUGGCAUUGGCGGACCCGUCGGAUCCGGCAAGACGGCCCUCAUGCUCGCCCUAUGCUUAGCUCUUCGCGACAAGUACAGCAUAGCCGCCGUCACGAAUGACAUCUUUACGCGCGAGGACUGCGAGUUCUUGACGCGGCACAACGCGCUGGCGCCGGAGCGGAUUCGCGCCAUUGAGACGGGCGGCUGCCCGCACGCUGCGGUGCGCGAGGACAUUUCGACCAACCUGGCUGCGCUGGAGGAUCUGCAUCGGGACUUCGACACGGACCUGCUGCUGAUCGAGAGCGGUGGUGACAACUUGGCGGCGAACUACAGUAGGGAGUUGGCCGACUUCAUCAUCUACGUGAUUGAUGUGAGCGGCGGCGACAAGAUCCCUAGGAAGGGCGGCCCGGGCAUCACCCAGAGCGACCUGCUGGUCGUGAACAAGACGGAUCUUGCUGAAAUCGUCGGCGCGGAUUUGGAUGUUAUGGAGAGAGAUGCGCGAAAGAUGCGGGAGGGAGGCCCCACGAUCUUUGCCCAGGUGAAGAACGGCAAGAACGUCGAGCACAUAGUCAACUUGAUUCUCAGCGCGUGGAAGGCCAGCGGCGCCAGUGAGGUAAGCAAAAAUAGGGCUUAG